AAAAACAUAUACCGGGCUGUUCACUUCCUUGGUAAACCGUCACUUCCUAUAUCGCCCCAAGCGAAUUAAUUACUUUGACGGUGGCCUAAGCAAUUCAAAAUAUUCCACAAGUUGUGAGCUGAAGCCUGAGCAGGGUGACGUUGAAGCCUUACCACGUAAAAUUGGGAGUCAUGAAGAAUUUGAAAGUACUGUUUUUUUUGUGGUAACAUUAGUGCAUAUAACCACACUUUCGGCAGGACCAGUGCGCUGUCAAGACGCAACAUGGACACUUUUUGGAGGGAGUUGUUACAAAGCGUUUGGUUCUUCUGUUGGUUUGGGAAAUAAUCGUAAUUACGAUGAUGCUGGUGCUCACUGUGAAAGUCUAAAUGGAUACCUUGUCAGCAUUGAGUCAAAAGAUGAAGAGUCAAUCGUUAACUCAUUAUUUACAACCUCCAUUUAUUUUUGGAUUGGAUUAUUUUCAACUGAAUCAGUUCAGACAAAAACAAACGGCUGGCAAUGGGCCGAUGGAUCAGUUUUUUCUUACUCAGUAGCAUGGGAGUUGGAUGAACCCGACAACAACGCGCAGAAAUGUGUGAACAUUUACUCGCAAACAAACGUAUGGAAAGAUUGGUGGUGUACCACAACUAACUCAUUUGUUUGUGAAGUACUUGCUGAACCUGUCACUUGUCCAAUAUUAAAGUUUGAUGAUCCCAAUGGUCUGAUAACCGGAUGUGAAAACAUAGGAGAAGAUGUGCCCGCAACAGUAUGUCGCUAUGCGUGUAAUCCAGGAUAUGAUUUGGAAGGUUUUGAAACGCGAACUUGUCAAUUUGAUGGGCUAUGGUCCGGCACCGAUGAUCACUCGUGCAAAGCUAUUACUUGUACCGCGCUGAUCUUUAAUGACCCCAAGGGUCGAAUCACUGGUUGUAAUAAUGAAAUCGACGCACCAGUUGGCACAGUAUGCAGUUACGAAUGUAAUUCGGGAUAUACACUAGAGGGCCAACCAUCAAGAAGUUGCGAAGAGCCUGGUGAAUGGUCCGGACAAGGCGGACACUUUUGCAAAGCCAUCACUUGUCCUGACCUUGUUUUCGAAGGAACCAUUGGAUGCAGCCCAGAAGAUAGCACUGACUUUGAAACAAUUUGCUUUUUCAUCUGUCCUUUGGGUAAACAAAAAAUAUCGGGUGAUAUUGUAAGAGUUUGUCAAGAAGAUGAGCAAUGGAGUGGAAUUAUGCCAGUUUGCGGAGCUGUAAUGUGCCAGCCGCUAACUUUUCCUGCUGGAUCUGUUGCUCGCGAUCCACCGAACACAAUUGAUUACGGAACUGAAUGCAGUUUUGAGUGCGAACCCGGUUACGAGCCUGACGUGCCAGGGUUGACAAUGACUUGUGAAGCGGAUCAAAAUUGGUCUGGAAAUAUGCCAACGUCAUGUCAACCUGUUAACUGCGGAAAUUAUCCGGAUAUUAUAAACGGGGAAUCUAAAUGUGAGGAUACAACAUAUCAGAAAACCUGCUCGGUCGAGUGCAGACCAGGUUUCAGAGAAAAGAAUUCUCAAUCACAGUGCAUGGCCGAUGGACAAUGGAGUGAUCCACCUCUCGAGUGUGAAAGAAUAGUUUGUCUUGAACUUGAUUUCAGCAACCAGCCUGGACUAAUGGCUUGCAAUCCUUCUGGUUUCAGUUACCCAAGUACUUGCAGCUUCAGGUGCAAGGAUGGCUACGAACUGAAAGGAUCAGAAACACUAACUUGCCAAGAAAAUGGAAUGUGGGAUGAUAUUGAACCAACAUGUUUAGAUGUCUUUUGUCCGGAAUUAUCAUUAGAAGGCGGGACUGUUGAUUGUUCAGACGGAUGGGAGUAUUCCAGUGAAUGCACCUUCAAAUGCAAUUUCCCGUUGAUACUUUACGGAGAAGAUGAAAUAACAUGUCGAGCUAAUGGACAAUGGUCAGCUCUAGUUCCGAAAUGCAAACUUUUCGAUCCAAGAUGUGAAGAUGCUCUAGAACCAUCAACUUGCGUUGAUAAUUGUGAAACAAAUUCAGAUUGUAAAGAAUCAGAACUUUGUUGUAAGAGUUCAUGCGGACUGACAUGUAAAAAAAUUAAAGACGAUACCAAAAAGCCAUUUCUAAACCUGAAUAAAGCAGCAGUGCUUGCUCUCUUGCUUGCCAAUGGAAACAGACGGCAGCGUCCCGCAUCUCGGCCUGUAUGUCCAAGAUGUAACGUAAACGCUUGCAGCCACACCAGUUGUCCAACGUUUCUCAAUGCAGUGUGCAGAACAAGCUGUAAUGGAUGUAGAGCAUAUUUCAUUAAUCCAUCCAAUCUCAAACAUGAUAUUACAAGCCGAUGUACAUGUCCACCGGGUAGUCAACCAAACCAUUAUUGUGGUGGAUAUAUGUGCAACGGAGUUGGAUGUGCGAACUUCCCACAAGCUCAGUGUCGUGUGUACGGUUGUGGUCAAACAUGCUAUUUACAGUUUUUCGAUAGAUUUGGACGACGACUGCCAUGUAGAGAAAAAACAACUUGUCAGCCUGGAAUAAACUCAAUCGGCCUUUGUACUAGAGGAUGCCUCGGUGCUUCUUGUCCUAAAUAUCCUGAAGCUCAUUGUCGAGUUCUGUGUCCGGGAUGUCCAGCACAAUUCUACAAUCAGAUAACCAAUCAACCUAUUCUUGACUGCUUUUAAAGUUUAUCUAACAAUAGGGUUCUUAUCUAUUGACCAUAGAGUCCCCAAAUUCGGCGAGAAAAACAUUAACUACUAUUUUGUGAUGACGUAUGAUCGCAGACUUCAUAUUGAAUUUUAAGGUGGCUAUAUAUCUGAUCACUUCGUAGAACGUUUGUCAGAACUAAUUGGCAAACUGCCCUUGUAUUACAGUAAGUUUGCUUUGUCUGGGUAAAAAAGUAAAAUGCCGAAACCCAAAAUAUUAGUUUUAUCGAUUGACAUUAACCAAAAUCCUCUUAAAUUUAGUUUAAUAUACAUAUAUAUAUUAUUCAGCAUUGGGAGUGUUAUUCAUCAAGAAACCAAGAAAUAUAUAUAAAUUCUAUCUCACGGUA